AUGAUGACUGACCGACGAGAAUCGUUAUCGUUCUGGGUUGAUCUAAACUCAGAAUCGUCCGCUAACUUAGCAGGAACAAUAUUUCAGGCAGCACCGUCGUUGUUUCAGAGUAAUAAAGUGUCACGUUCGAAAAGUGAUUCUUCGUUAAUUAUUUCGAGUUCGAAGCAAUGUAAUUAUGAAGAUAAAUCGACUGAACACAUCAGUCUGAGUGAAAAGAAGCACACGAGAAGUGACAUGAAUUUGAUGAAAUGCACAAAAAUGAUAGCAUUCGAUAGCUUAUUAACAGACAGCGAUCCUGUGAACGAUAUGAACGCAGUGGAUUCAACCCAAUCCAGUUCAAAUCCCACACUCCAAAAGUCUUCCUAUCAAGUCCAAUCGUCCACAUCCUCAUCACCGGUUCAAACCAUUCAAUUACAAAAGCAAAAUUUUGAUAAACCCAAGAAGAGGACUCGAAAACGAGUCCUCCCACCUGACAGUAAUAGACAGCAGUCUGAUCAGUCAGAUUCUUCCGAAACCACCGAGCCGUCGACGGUGAUUUCGUUGCGUUCGAAAUCGAGGAGUAAGGAUUCGAAAAAGAGUGAAAUGAGAAGAUCUAGUGAGCUGGAUAACGAUGAAAGUGACGUUUUUUUCGAUACAUCCGAUGACGACGAUGGGAUAUAUCGAGUCGUAACAAGAAACGAAAAGGAGUGCAAAGAUAGACUGGGCAGAUCAGUGGAGUGUCCAGAUUAUCCAGCGAGUAUUUCCGAACGAUCAUCUAGUCCUGUUACUGGCAUCUUAUCCGACAGUCCUUCAAGGCAAGCGAUAUUCAUGAGUGAUGAUCAGUUCAAAGAAUCAUCAGUUAAACAGUGUCAGCGCAGCGAUUCCGAUGUACCGUCACCUGUCAGUGUCACUAUAUUCGCUGUUAAUAUUGCUUUUAUCAGAGAUCGAUUGGAAGAAUCUGGAUCUGAAGAUGAAACCUCGGGUCAUGGAAUUAAUGAUGCGCCGAAACGUUCCGGUUCUGCAAUGAAACUCUGGUCGAAAUGGUCGAGUUGCUCAGAGGAUCGCACCACUUAUGAGGAUAUUUGCAUUGAACGAAGUCAUCAGAACAUAAGUUAUUCUCAAGAUAUGCAGCAGUUGAUGCAGUCUGAACUGUUUGAUGUGGAUAAUCGAAACGAAGUCGUAUCAGAAAGUGACUCAGAAAACGAUAAAUUAAUGGUGACGCUACUCAGUUUCGAUGUGGAAGGCGUCGAAGCUAGUUCGCAGCAACUUCGUAAUGACAUUAUUAAUGAUCGUUUCAGUGAAUCAUCACCGUCCUUGUUGAGUAUAUCUACAAACAGAACACCUGUCGCUAGUUUGGUAUCAUCACCCGUGACAAGUUGUACUUCUAUCGUCGAAACUCCAAAACAAGAAAAUGAAAUGUACAUCAAUGAAAAGUUCUUCGAUGUAUGCACUCUGUCGAGACAGAUGGAAUGUGAAGAAGAGUUAUCGAAGCAAAGUCAAGAAACUGACGAGAGUAGUACUAUAGACAGCAAUAAUGAUGAUAAGAUUGAAGACAAUAUUCAUGAAGAUAAUCAGAAUAUGAGUGAAGAUCACGUUAGAGCGCGAAUAGCUUCUUUGGAUUUUGAUGAGGAUGAAUCACUGAUAUCAAGGGGAAGUGCUGCGAGUCACCGUGACGUUCAACUGGAAAUGACGAGUGGUCGGAAGAGUGUGGAUAGUACACAGAAAGGAAAAGAAGAUGAAAUGUUGUUGAUUGAUUUGAACGGCUUGUCGUUCGGAGGGGAUGGGGAGUCGGAGCCGAUUAGGGGAAAUAUUGGGGAAAGUUGUGACCAUUCUCGUGGAUCUAAUGAAUUUCAUGGAAAUUCUCAUGCGAAUCGAGAAGAUUCUGCUGGAUCCGGCGAAGGAUUUCAGGCAAUUGUUGCACAACAAAAGUCUCCUCAAGCGGAGCAAAAUGAUCAAAACUCGUCUCAACUAGAUCAGAAUGAUCAAAAAAAUCGCUCACAACUCCGAACUCCAACCAAAACUCAGCACAUAAAAGAAUAUUUCUCACAAAAAAAAUGCUACCGCCGAAACUCGCUUCCUGCAAAAGAUGUGUUGUCUCAAUUCAACGAACAAUUCGAAGAAUCUGACUCGUGGCUCAGAGAAUCUGACGUUGAGCUAUCAGAAUCUGAGCCGAACGAAGGGAAUUUGAAUCUUAAAGAUUCUCAACAAUCUGAAAGAAUCGCGUUGACUCGGUCUGUGCGAUUAUCGAAACACGCUAUAGCCAAAUACGGUGUUGAUGAAGGCUAUACACUUUCAGAUAUCGAAGCUGAAGAGACAAAAACACAGAAGAAUAGUUUCGAUGAAAACGAAGAGGAACUGCGCAAAAAUACGGGACAAUCAGAACGAUCUGUUGAUAAUCUCAACAAAGUGAUAAGGGAUCGUUCCUCGAGAACAGAGAAUGGUGACUAUAAUCGUGAUGGUGCUGACAAGGAGCAGAAGAAAGAAACAGAACAGAAGAAUGAGAAGUUAGAAGUGAUUACCGAUAAUGACGGUAGUAAUGAUAACAGUUGUGAUAGUAGUAUUGAAGAAUCGGCUCGUUUUGAUGGUAGUGAGCAAGCAGAAAAGAAUUCCAAUGAAAUGGUCGGUGAAAGCGAUGAGAUUUCCAAUCAAUCUUGUUCGUUCAGUUGCCGGAAAAGAAAGAAUCGUUCAGCGAUAAAUCAUCUUUAUGGACUAUUGGCAAGAACAGAUGAUGACAGAGAGGAUGGUACACAAGAUGAACAAGUUCUGAGAGUGACACUCCUGGAUGGUCACCCUUACAGCAUCGAUAUGGCCGAUCCACAAUCUUCACAAACAUCCCAGCCAUCAGCGUCUUUGAAAUCGCGCGCAUCCUCGUCAACGUCCAUUUCUUCGUCGAGUUUAAGCAAAUCCCAAAUAUUGGUUCAAUCCUCAGCAAAUGCAAAUAGUUCAAAAUCACCGUUUAUUGAUGCAUUGCGACGUGAUUCACUUCUCAAAUACAAAUCCGAUCUUAAGAAAUCAUUUCAACAUCAGAAUUCGAUUGAUGGUGGCGUUAGAAGUGAUUUUACUGACGAACGGAAUAAAUUGAGUGAUGAAGAGGAAGCGAUAUGUUGCUUGAAGAAGAUUGAGACUUGUCGCUGUGUGAACACAGCUGUUGGUGACACUCCCCAAGAGCACCAAGUUUUCAUACGAUUACAACCGGAUGGAAAAGAGGAAGAAAAGUUUCACGGAUUCUAUGAAUUCUGGAUACUGCACUUCUGGAAUGUUGCGAUUUGA